CAGUCGGAAUUCAAACAUCAAAGGGAUUGUGUGUAAAAUGGAGCGGUAGCUAAAUUGAAUGAAACAUCGGCCUUUGUCCGCUAUUUUAGCGUUUAUUUAACAUCAUUUUCGAAAAUCUUGCGCGAGUUUUUGUGAGUGUUUUUGAUUGAGGAGGAGAGAGCAAGCCACCUUAGAGCACUUUGAGGAGGGCUGAACCAGUGAGCAGAUAUUGUAUGUGCAAAGUCACAUAAAGGAAAAAAAACACGUCAAAACCCACGAAAUCGGUGCAGAAAGAGGAGGAGAGAAAAGAAAUCGAUAAUCUUUUUUCUUCCUCUACCAACCAAAAAACCAUCUACAUUGUUUUCCAACCAAGCCAGCAGAAUUCAUCUGAUUGUGAAAUCAUUUCGGUUUGAUUUUCAUGCAAGAAACCAUCUUCUUUGAAUUGAGGAUUGACUCCAAAAACCCGAGACUUUGAAAGAAGAUUUUCCGUCAUCGGUGGAAAAUUGGAAGCAUCAGCAGCAGCAGCAGACCGAUGAGGAAAUUCUUGUAAAAAAAAAAGUAGAAGCGGCAAAGGAAUUCAACGAGGAAAAGAGCUCCUUUUGAGAGUGCUUGAAAUAUAACAUCGGAUAUUUCUUCGCUUUCUGGAGACGAGAGGAACACACAGAACAUCUCUUUGACAAAGAACAGUCCACUCGCAUCAGAAAGACACCUUUUUGAGGAAGGAAAACGCUAUAACUCACAAUCUCCUAGUGACUCCUUCAGAGAAUAUCAAGUUGAUCAUUGAAGAGCAGCAGUUCAAGGAUAGCCACAUCCGUGAUACAGUACAAUCUUUGAUACCUUCUUUUCUCUGUUGUUUUUGACCACUUUCGGAAGCAGAACUAUAUUUUCCCUUUAUCCGCGGAAGAACUUGUGUGUGCAUUUCUUUUUGAAUCAUAAAGACCCUUCCCCCAGUUCUGUGCAAACAUUGCAACAAUGGUGGAGCGAAUUCUGGAGGAAUCUGACGUUGGCGUGAUACCUAUAUCGAAUGUUUCUCAUGCUGAGGUGACGCGUUACAGCAGUGAGGAAAUUUCUGGAAAUGAGUCCACGGAGACGCGUGUUCUCACGGAGACGGAGAGACAGGCUGACUUCAAUCGGCACAAGGAGGAGAUGAAGAGGAAGCGCCGCAGGAAGAAUAGAACCAACUCUUCUCUUCAAUCAUCCACUUUCCAGGAAUUGUACAAGCUGACUGGAGAAAUAUUGGGCGAGGGUGCUUAUGCAUCUGUGCAGACGUGUGUCAAUAUCUACACGGACCUGGAAUACGCUGUGAAGAUAAUUGAUAAGAUUCCCGGACAUGCUCGUGCUCGUGUAUUUCGCGAGGUGGAGACUUUUCAUCACUGUCAAGGACAUCCGGGUAUCCUUCAGUUGAUUGAAUUCUUCGAGGACGACGAGAAAUUCUAUCUGGUCUUUGAGAAGAUUAACGGAGGACCCCUGCUGACGCGCAUUCAGGAGUAUGUGUGCUUCUCGGAACACGAGGCGGCGCAGAUAAUUCGGGAGAUUGCGUCAGGAUUGGAUUUCUUGCAUAAGAAAGGAAUCGCCCAUCGCGAUCUGAAGCCUGAGAAUAUUCUCUGUGUGCAUACGGACAAGCUGUGCCCCAUCAAAAUUUGUGAUUUCGAUCUUGGGUCUGGCAUUAAGUUUACCACCAACAUCUCGUCACCGGCCGCGACGCCACAACUAUUGACGCCGGUGGGCAGUGCCGAAUUCAUGGCACCCGAGGUGGUGGAUUUGUUUGUCGGCGAGGCGAAUCACUAUGAUAAGCGGUGCGAUCUCUGGUCCUUGGGUGUCAUCGCCUACAUCCUCUUGUGCGGCUAUCCGCCAUUCUCAGGGAACUGCGAGCAGGACUGCGGGUGGAAUCGUGGCGAGAAUUGUCGUACCUGUCAGGAGUUGCUGUUCGAGUCCAUCCAGGAUGGCCGGUUCGGCUUCCCCGAGCCCGAGUGGGAUGGUGUCAGUGACGAGGCUAAGGACCUGAUCAAGGGGCUCCUGGUGAAGGAGGCUCCGAAGCGCCUCAGCGCCGAGGCCGUGCUCCACCAUUCUUGGAUCAGGAUGGCCGAUGAGGAGGACACCAUCGACGGGGUGGUGAGAGAGCAGAGGCGCAGGGCUCUCCAGACACCCGGUAUUAUUCGCCGCAAUCAAUCGGCACGUGAAUUGUCACAAUUUGCUGAAUCGGCAAUGGCUGUGAAACGUGUAAUUUUGCAGCAUUUCUCAAUGCGCUAUGAUUACAUGACAAAAGAACGUCCAAAUAUCUAUCAGCCAUCGAAGAAUGGCCUCGAGGACGCCAAGACGACUCUGCGUCAGCACAUGGAUCAGCACCAGGCGCGCACCAGUUCCGGCGUCGGCUCUGGGGCUUCGGGCAAGUACGGCAAGGGCCUCGAGACGAGUGGGGCGCCCAAGGGGGCGCUCGACAGUAUUAUGGAGCUGAAGGAGAAGUUGCCGGAGGCGGAGAAGGUGAGGCGCGAGGACUCAAACCGACGAAAGAAUCCCACCAAGGGUGGCCAGAUGGUGGCCAGAGGUAUUCCACCUGAGGAGAAUUGGCGCUACAGGAGUAGCACAUCGGCUGAUAAAUAUCCACUAGGCUUUAGGAAUUAUCGUAGUUUUAACAAUCAGCAAUACAGCAACAAUCACAUCCGCAAUUGGCGCAAUGAGUGCGUCUUCGCCCGGCCAUGCGGCAUGUCCGUCGUGCCGUCCAACACUGGGGCGAACGGUGGCGGCGCUGAGGACGACCACGGGGGCAGCAACUGCAUUGGGCUGUCGCCGCCCAGUGAGAGUCUCCUCAUGCAGCGCCGCCUGAGGUCCAUCUCCUCGCGCGCCUCUAGCAUCGAGAUCCGCGGCGGAACGGCGGCCACGGCCAGUGGCUAGACUCAGGUGCACGUCCUUCCAACUCAUUCACCCUUCCCGGAACCCCAACUAUCAUGGAAUUUCACCCCUCCCGACCGGCAUGCUAGUGCUGGGCACACCCGUGGAAUUUGUUCUUCCAAGUUGCGAGUGAAGGAUAUUGUCAGGAACAGAAGUUAUUUAGUUUGGAUGAACCACGAAGAAUUGAUUUCUUUGUAACUUGAAUUGAAAAUUCAAUUUGUGUACAGCAUAAUUUUAGAUCUUUGCCACAUGUGAUUGAUAGGAUACUAUCACUUUUGAAGUUACUGUGAUCACUCUUGGAAGAGUAGAUCUUUUGCUUUCGAAGGGAAGUUAUUCUAAUGUCACGUUUUUCUUUUGUAUAUGAAAUAAAAGUGAUGAAAAGUUGAAAAAUGAUUCUGGAAGUGACAACAGCAAUUUCUGGAGUGAUAGUAACUGUCUUUAAGAACAUGAUCGGGUACUUUCGAAAGUGAUACUACAUGAUUUAAGAAAGUGAUAAGCACCACAAUCUCGAAGAUCACACUAUUUCUUUCACAAAGGGACUAUUCGAAGAAUAGUCCAUCAAUUGCGAAGGGGUAUAAUGUCAUCUUCGACAGUUUAUCCUCACUCGCAUAACAAACUGUCAUUUUAGCUCUAUAGAUUUGGUUUUUAGCACCAAUAAAACCCCUUCUUUACUCCAUGCUAAAACAAUCAUAAUCACAAGAGAAGAAACAGAAAUCCAUUAUUGAAGUAAAAAAAGAAAAUAACAAUUAUAUUGAGAGAAAUGAAUGGGGACAAAUCACACAUUCAUCCAUCCGAGAAUCCUUUCAUUUCUCUCACGUGAAAGCUUUUGGUGUGAGCGUGCGUGAAUGUGAACACAAUAUUCUGGCAAAAAUUUUGAAGACAACGAAGUGAAAGAAAAAAAAAAUCCCCUUUCCGUUGUUUUUCUACAAUACAUAUUUAGGUGUGACUGCGAACAAGAGUGUGCUAAGAAAUCUGUGAAGACAACAAUACGAGAAAAGAUGUGGAAAGCAACAAGAAUGAAUGAGGAAGAAAAUUCUGUGGAGGAGAAAAAGUAUAAUAAAAAAUGUGAUCAUUUGUCAGUCAUUCAAUUUACAUUUUGCAUAAAAGAGAUGGAAUAUGAAUAAUUUUUAUAACCAUUUAAUUAAUUAUUGAAGAUGCUAACGAAGGAACUACGGCAAGGGUAGUGUUGAUGAGAAAGAUAUGGAAAAAAAAGAGAGAGGAGAAGAACACACUUAAAAAAAAAUAUCCAACAUAAUCGAUGAAAGUCACAUGAAUAAGUUGCCAUGUUAUAUUUUAUAAUUUUUGCAAAUCUUUUUGUGUACAAUUGAAGUCAUAAAAAAUUGUCAGGAUAUGAGAAAGAGAAGAGCUGCUCUCCCAUGAUAGGGAGUGCGGAAAUUGUUGAGCAAAAUGAAAGUUUUUUUUUUUUAAUGUAUGAUGAGAGAAGAAGUCCAGCACAUUUGCUGGUUAUCGAGUAACAUUGAAGUUUAAGAUCAUCUCCCAGUGUCAGAGCAUUUAUUAAUUAUUUCUUUUGUAAGUUAACAAACCCUGAAAGACCCUCCUCUGGCUGAGUUGCGCAAGGGGGCAAAAGUACAUUUCAUCGACUGGAAUCCAUUUGAUUUGCAAAAUUACUUCCCAUACUUAGUAUAGUAUGUAUAGUCAUGAAAUCACCCAUGAAAAAGCAUCUCAUUUUGACAAAAAAGAAUCAUGGUAAUUUUGUGAGAAAUUUCACAUUUCACUCAUAUCAUCAUUGUAACAUUUUUUCAAUUGUACUAAUUGAUGAAGAAUAAUUGCUAAAAAUGAGAAAAUACCUUACAAAUACCUAAAGAUAGUAAUUUUAAAGAAAAAAAAUAUUUACCUUCUAAUAAAUACCUUUAUGUACAACUCUUACAUUUAAUUAAUACCUUGUCAAGUUGACUACAGAAAGUCAACGUGUGGAGAAAAUUUGAUGAAAUUUUUUGUGAAUUUUGGUGAGAAUUAUGAUGAGGAGCGAGAGAAAGAUGAGAUUUUUAUGAAUGGAUUAUACAGAGAAAAAUAUUUUGUAGUAAUUUCGAAAUAUUGUGGUGUAGCAAGAUUAAAAAGAAGAAGAAAAGAUGUUAGAAUUUUUUUCAUGCCUCAAAGUGAAUUUAGCAUAGGCAAAAACAAGAGAGAGAGAGAGAGAGAGAGAACCAAGAGCGAAAUUCACUUUGGAUUCUGGUCAAAAUGUGUGUAGAGAAUUCUUUCUUAUGUGAAAUUUCAUUUUAGAAAUGUCUUAAAGAAUCCUAAAAGAAAGUUAUGAGAUCGAAUAGAGGAAAAGUCUUUGAUUGAAACACCAUCAAAUAUUAGAGAUGUUAAAUUUAAAGAAAAAUAUAUAUUUUUAUAUAUGAUGAGUGGCGAUGGAAGUGAAAUGAAAUAAUACGAUGCGAACUGCUCUGUUCUCUUUUCCCAUUGGUUUUUAUUUCAGAGAGCACAGGGAAAAGAGAAUACAGUGAUCAUCGUGGGAAAAAAAAUUGUUUAAUCUCUCUUUAUUUAGAGGCUCAUACGAAAGAGUAUGCAAAAAGAAGAAGGAAAUUCAGGAGAUCGCUGAGAAUUUCGAACGGGGAAACUAAAAAGCAUGAGCCCGGUAUAAAAUGCUUCCAAGUAAUUAUUAUUGAUAAAAGAGAUGAAUAAUUACUAAGAAAUACAAAUAAUAGAGAAAACCUCACAAAAAAAACUAAAAAAAAUCAUUUUAAAAAAUCUCUAGAAAAAAAAUCCACAAAAACUUUUAAAAAUCUUUACUAUAAAAAGUGUUACUAAAAGGAAAAUCUUUAAGAUGAGUAAAACUUUUAUUGAUAAUAAGUGAAACGCAAUUUUUUCAGAUUCAAAUCACGAUUGAAAUUGAAUUUCAUCUGUUUCUUUCUUUUUCUAAUGUUAAUCCUACAGAAAUUUGAAUUUUUUUUUGUCACUUGAGAAAGUAUUACAGUUUUUACAAAAAAAAACAAGUAAAUGUUUUCUAACAAGCAUUUUACUAUUUCCAUUAAUUUUUGAAUAUCUGGUUUCAGAGAAAAAAAAAUGAAAAAUUAAAGUUUAGGCUAACUCAGAAAGCUUGAAUGAAAAUUUGGGUGUAAUUUGUCCGUGACAUUAUUUUUUUCGCAUGGAUAUGUAGGAGCCUAAACUACGCAAAAGAGCAGUUGCAAUUUGCAAAGAAAAAUUUUACCUCCUUCUCACCACUAUUUAUAUACAAACAUUUUUCUCUUUCAAACGGCCAUGAAGUUAGUGAACAAAAUUCUUAUGGAUUACAAAACAUAGAGAUAAGGACAGAAUAGAAGUCGAAUGUAAAAAAAGGAGCGUUAAAACACAAGAAAAGCUAAAAUUUAACUUUUUGUGGAAUAAGUCAAGAGAUAUUUUUCAGAAACUGCAAACAACAUCGCAUGCUAAAGGAACGAAAAGGAGAAAAAUACUGAAAAGUUGGGAGAAAUGUUUUUUUUUUAAAUGAGAAGAAGAAGAAAAAAACAAUAUAUUUGUGAUAAAAGCACUGAAUAAAAUUGUGAGACGUGAAAGAAGAAGGUGAACAAAUAAUUUGAAGAGUGACAAGAUUCUCGAAAAGGAAAAAAGAAGAAGAAGA